AUGGCCAAGACAGCAGCCACCAAGCACAAUAAUUCUCUAAUUCAAAGGCUUUCAAUUCUACUGAGCUGUGGAUAUGCCAUGCUACUGGCUGAUGAACACUCUCUUAGUUGCAACUUGACCAUCAAGUCUCCUACCUCAGCAGAACAUCUCUGGUGUGAAGGACAGUGCUCAGUAGAUGGAAUGUCUUUCCUUCAUUUUAAUAAUGUAAACAAGACCACGCCUUCGGGUAACCAGGGCAAGAUGGCAAAUGCCACUGAACUGCAGAUGUGUUUGACCCAACAUUUGACAGCUUUGGGCCAGGAGUUAAGGGACAAGGUGUCUAACAUCAAAGAGGACAUUCAGAAGACCAGUGGUUACCCCCAUUUACAGGCCACCAUGCUUUGUCAGCAAAGCCAGAAACAAAUCAUUAGCGCCCGCUGGCUAUUCAACAUCAGUGAAAAGUACUUCUUCAUCUUGGACAUGAAUAUGAGCUGGAGACCGACUAAUGAUGUAAUAGGAGAUAUCAUGAAUGAAUGGAAAUAUGAUAGGAAUUUAAUGAAACAUCUUAACUUCUCCAUAGCAGAAUGCAGUCAGAAACUCAAUGAAUUCUUAAAGCAGCACAAGGAAAAGCCAAGAUCAACAUCAAUAUCACCCCCCAAUAUCACCCAACCUACAUCAACUACACAGCUUCCAA